AUGGAUGACCGCGCUCCCCUUCGGGCUAGCAGCGUCAGACCAUCAAGCACGCAAGAUCACCAUCGCCUCGGCGGAGCCCGUGGAUAAUUUCGGAAAGGCCAUUCCGAUUGCUUUUCCCUCGAUGCGUCGGAUUGCGGCGCUGUUUACCCCAAUGCAAUGCAAUUGCCCCGUGCUCACCGCGAUUGCAUUUGUGGCUUCAGCAGUUAUCGGCGCGACUGAGGGCGCGGCGGUACCCAUGCGUGGCGAGCUCGCCGCAGAGGCGGUCAAGCAGGCAGCUGCUGCGGGCAGCGGCGCGCAUGUUGCACCGUCUGGAUUGGGUGGCCAGGCGGGGCCCCCUUCCCUCCCAGAGCCGGAGUCCGAACCGCUUCUUCAAGCAGUGCAAUCCAACGCGGAGCGCGCGUUUAGUUGCGCCCGCGCGAUCAUCACUCGCAGCGUUUGGCCUGUCAAGAAGGACUUUUGCAGCGUCGACAAGUGGCAGAAUUCCGUCAAUUAUAGGGGCCUGGCCCUUUCGGUGGCAGCGCCGCUGGCCAAUCCUACCAACUACCACACGUAUCUGGCCAUUGUGGCUCAGCCAUUGCCGCUGGCCAUUUUCCGGCAUUCACGGGCCGUGGCGCCCCGCGCUUUCAAGAUCGCUCCGGGCGCGCACCUCGCGGCGCUGCGCU